GAUGGCGCUGUCCUGUAGAGGGAUAUGCCGCGGGGCUUCAGUGGUCAUACUGUAUGGAAUACGACCCGUCGGGGUCAAAGUAGGUCUCUGCACACCUAGAUUGACGUCCACACAAUCAAGUUUGUGGUUUGUUAGACACUACUCACCUUCACAAGCAAGGCAUGGGAUUGGUCGAAGCAUCGUGUCCAGACUCAAGUGGGUCAAUGAGAAAUAUGAGCGAUUGCUGCAGCGGCGCUUUCCUCGCUUUUAUGUUCUCUAUCACACCUUUAUGAGAGGUUUUCGUCUCCUGUUUCAAGACGCUCAAGAAGUGAGAAGAAUCAAGACCCGAAUGCUCACCAACAAUAUUGACCACCAGAUGUUGCCUUAUCGUGAGAUGGAGAAACUCAGGCAGUUCCGCAGGGACAUGAUCAAAGCCAUUCCCUUGGUCAUCAUAUCAAUACCUCCUUUUGCCAACUAUUUGGUCUUUAUCCUUAUGUUCCUCUAUCCUCGCCAACUCCUGAUCCGGCAUUUCUGGACCCCACAGCAGCUGGUGGAGUUUCAGGGAGUGUAUCAUACUCAAAGAGCACGCCACCACUGGGCUAUAGUCAAAGGACUGGAGAGGACAGCAACUUCUGUCCAAGACAGCCGACUUAAAAGCCGCCUUACAGAGCUCUGCAGUAAGGUUCGAAGUGGUGUUCAUCCUGUGGUGUCUGAUGUCCAUGCAGUGAGAACGUUGUUCUCUGGACCUCCCUUAGGUAUCAGGAGAAUGUAUGCAGACCAGAUGAGACAACUCUGUCCGUUGCUCUUCCUGACGCCCCACCUCCCAGCCUUCUUGAUUGGUCGACGCUUGAAUAGCCACGCCCUAGAACUCAUGCAGCUUGACCGGGCCAUUGUUCGAUUAGGCUUGCACCAGUUAAAUGAUGCAGAGCUCAGAGAGUUAUGUUACGUGAGAGGGCUGAAUCCAGACCGUCUGAGUCCCGGACAGUGCCGAGAAUGGCUCACACAAUGGUUGAAUUUCUCAACACACCUCAAAGAGUCUGAGACCUCCCUCUAUCUGCACUGUAUGGUACUGCUCACUGUAAACUACCCCAAACACCAACGUCACUGACCUUGGAGAGCCACAUGACUUCUUUUCAUUUCGCCUGCAGUGACUUUACAGAAUAUAAUGGGACCCCACCCAAGGGCAAAAUGCCAUGGGAACAAAGAAUCUCAUAUGCAAAUUCAAGCAGCACACCAUAAGACCAGUGAAAGCUUUAUCAUUCGAGUCAUAUUGCUUAAUCAUCUGUGUUACAUGUCAUAGUGAAUAUUUCAGUUUCUUCAACAAAUACUUUUUUUUUUUUUAAAGGAGCUGUCAUGCUUUAAACCUUUUUGGAUACGCAUCUAAUUUUGUUUACUUGACUGGUGAACAUAGAGGGGGAUAUUAUUGUGAAAAGAGGGCAUCAGGAUUCUGGAAUGUCUGGAACCAUUCAAUUUUCUCUGAUUAGUGGCACACAAAAAACAUCACAUUUAGACUGUGUGACAGACUAUAAUGACCAAAUAUGAUAUGUGCCAAAUGCAUCCGUUUGGAAUUAGAACUCACUGGAUUAUCUUAUCUUGGGACAUAUUCACUUGUAUAAUGUAAUGAUAUUAUUCUACUAGCAAUAGUUGUUUUUUUCUUAUUCCCUCAUCCCAUUUCACCUUUAAAACUACAAUUUCUAAGCUGUGCACAACUUUGCUUGAAAAGGCAACUGUUUCUGUGACUGGUUAUAUUACGCACUGACUGAAAGACAAGCACACCUUCCACCUCAUUAAAUGUUCUGGGGUAGUAGUGUAAGGAACAGUCUGUCUUGAGAUGUUUAAAAUACUAAAUCACCCCAGUUAUUAAGAUUUUGACAACUGGAAAAAACGUUUACAUAGCCUAUAUAGAGAUACUACAAAUAAGGCAUAUUGUUUUAAUAUAAGCAGCUAAAUUCUAUUAUGCGGCAUACACACAUUUUAAUUAAGUUUAUGUAUUUAUUUAUUUUUGAAUACUUAAAACUACACAAGUAACACUGCACCUUGUUAUAUCCAAAAUAAAUAUAUAAUUUGUUUGCUGUGCACAGGGCUGUUUGGUCAAAACAUUGUAGUUAGGUUAAUGCCAAACAUGUAUCUUCAUGCAAGAGACAUUUAAGAAAAUGUCCUGAAAUAACCAUCAUCUUAUGUAGCCUUUAACAGGUGCCUUUUUUAUUCAUGAACAUGGGUGCAAACAAACUUAAGUUGCCAAUUGUACUGCAAUGUUGAGAUAUUUUGUACUUUAUAUAAAGAAACAUUUCUGUUUACUUCCACUCUGUGAAACAAUAGGAAAUGAUGCAAGACAAGAUCUGAACGGACUUCUAUUAAAUGACUUUAAACUAAAUGUUCUCUGAUUGCAUCUUUCAU